AUGAUCGAUGACAAAUACUUCGAUGUCUUUAACGACAAGUCGACACUGCAAGCCAUUGCCGUUCCGGAGAGGCUCGAGCGAAGAACAACAGUAACAGACAGGAUCGAUAGGAACGGGACCCGCCACGAGGCAGUUGUUCCCGUCGGAGCUGCAUACACGCUUCUGCCAAAGCAAUUCUGCAAGCCAGCUGCAAAGAACUAUUUGUUUGAGCUCGACGACUUCCAGAAGAUUUCUGUGUGCAGCCUCGAGAGAGAUGAAAGCGUCCUUGUGAGCGCCCACACAAGCUCUGGAAAGACUGUUGUUGCAGAGUAUGCCAUUGCAAUGUCGCUGAGGAGCAACCAGAGGGUUGUGUACACGUCUCCCAUCAAGGCCCUGUCCAACCAGAAGUACAGAGAGCUUCUUUCCGAGUUCAGCGACGUGGGGCUGAUGACAGGGGAUGUCACCAUCAACCCCACGGCAUCCUGCCUCGUGAUGACCACGGAGAUUCUCCGGAACAUGCUCUAUAGAGGGGGCGAGGUCGUGCGUGAAAUCCACUGGAUCAUCUUUGACGAGAUCCACUACAUGAGGGACAAGGAAAGAGGGGUUGUGUGGGAGGAGACGAUCAUACUGCUCCCAAAGCAUGUUAGGAUGGUGUUUCUCAGUGCAACAAUUCCAAAUGCACUGGAGUUUGCAGAAUGGAUAUCCCACAUCCAGAGCCAGGUUGUCCAUGUUGUGUACACCGAGAAGAGGGUGACGCCGCUAGUCCACUACUUCCGUAGCAACAAGCUGUACAAGAUCAAGGAUGCGAAGUUCCACAAAUCGAACUUUCUGUCUGCAAUGCGAUCUAUCCGGAAGAGGAAUGUUGGGCCUCGGGAGGUGGGAGAGGCGAUUGGGGAUGCAUCUCUUCCUGUUGUUGUCUUUUCGUUCAAAAGAAAGGAUUGUGAAAGAUUUGCAAUGAAGCUUGACGGGAGAUACCUGACAGACGAGGAGGCAAGGACGGUGCAGACAAUCUUCACCAAUGCGAUUAUGUCUCUUAGGAAGGAGGACAGGGAGAUUCCGAUUAUCCAGAACAUCCUUCCUCUUCUUAUGAGGGGGAUUGGAAUCCAUCACUCUGGGCUUCUGCCCAUCAUCAAGGAGGUUGUUGAGAUACUGUUUCAGGAGGGGCUGCUCAAGGUUUUGUUUGCAACAGAGACGUUUUCCAUUGGGCUGAACAUGCCUGCAAAGUCUGUUGUGUUUACUGCACUGAAGAAGUUUGAUGGAGAGGCCAUGAGGCUGGUGAGCUCUGGAGAGUACAUCCAGAUGAGCGGCAGGGCGGGACGGAGGGGGAUAGACAGCAUGGGGAUUGUCAUAAGCAUAAUCUCCGAGCCCAUCACCUACAAGGAGGCCAGCAGGCUUUUCUCUGCAUCCUCCGACAAUCUUGUGAGUGCAUUCCGGCUAACAUACAACAUGCUGUUGAAUCUGAUGAGGGUUGAGGGCCUUGAUCCUUUGUACCUGAUCAGCAGAAGCUUCCACCACUUCCAGUCGUACAAGAAGGCCCUUGCGGAGGAGGAGACCUUGCACUUGAUGUACCGUCGACUAGAGGACAUCGAGCCCAACGAGACUGCAUGUCUGUAUCGGAAGAGAGAGGAAAAGAAGGUUGAAAGGGGUAAGAGGCUAGUGGAGGCGUUUGGCAAGUACCUGAAGAAGGGGAGGGUGGUUGAUCUGUUCAUACCGAGGAAUGGGCCGUCAAUCACAAUCCGGAACGCAAUAGUCAGUAAGGCUAGGGAGAAGGUCCAGUGCAUGGUUGGGACCGAGGAGGGUGUGUACAUGUGUAGCUUUCCCCUGCACUACAUCGACUGUGUAUAUGACAUCAGGGUGAAGCUUGAUGUUCGGGUGUUUACGAAGAGCUUUGAGAAGAUUGCAGUUAGGGAUGAGCUUGAUGAGGAGAUAGAAGAGAUAGAGGGGAAGAUACUGUCGAUGGAUCCGGAGUGGAGCUUCGACUUCUGUGUACUGUGUGGAAAGUCCUCUGUGGGAUGCCUGGUUUCGUGCAGUAGGGAGCUUAUUGACUCUGAAGCAGUUAUAGUCCAGAUGCCCGAAAAUACAAAGAGGUAUGGAGAGAGUCUUGAGGCCGCCAGAUAUCCGUCUACAGAAAUGAAGAGCAAUAUGGAUGGGGCAAGGGCGUUCUUUGUGAACGAGACACUGAGGCAAAGAUAUCUGGAGAAGCUUCUGGAGCUGAACAGUCUCAAGGAAAUCUACCACAUGAGGGAGUGCAAGAAGAUGAUUGAGGUUCUAAAGAAACUUGAGUACUGCGACGACACAACUGUGCUUAUCAAGGGGAGAAUGGCAUGCGAGAUUUCGUCUGGCGAUGAGCUAGUGCUAACAGAGAUGAUAUUCAACGGGGACUUUGCAGGGAUUCCAGUGGAGCAUUUCGUUCCCUUGCUUUCAUGCAUUGUGUUUGAGGAGUGGGACUCGGACAGCUUUGUUCUGAGCGAUGAGAACAAGCUCUACUAUAGGCUGCUAUCCGACUCUGUGGAGAAGGUGUGCAAGGUCUUGAAGUCGUGCGGGAUCGAGAUAGACCCUGCAGCAUACCUCAAGAGAUUCUCCUACGAGCUGAUGGAUGUUGUCAGGAUGUGGGUCUGUGGAUGCACAUUUAUCAGCAUCUGCAGCAAAACAAGCAUCUUCGAGGGCAGCAUCAUCAGGACAUUUAAGCGGCUCGAGGAGCUACUCAGGCAGCUAAGUAGUGCAGCCAGAGUCAUAGGAAACACUGAACUGGAGAAUAUGUUUGCUCUGGGGAUAGUGAAGAUCAAAAGAGACAUAGUCUUUGCCAACUCUCUCUACAUCUAA